UCUUCAAACUCAUCAACCAAAGAAUAAGCAACACACACUCUUCCCUCUUUUAACGACAAACACUCUUCGAUCACCACAAAAAUGGCCUCUCGCAACACUAUCCGUCUAUUCACCACCACCUCCCGAACACUCAAGAACCCACUGCAAUCCGCUGCAGACGCCGUCAAAAAGGCUGCCCAGGCUCUUAAGGAAGACGGUUCAAUUGGCAAGCAAUUCACUCCUUCCGGUAAAAUCGGCGGCACCGCCGAGAAAGUCGGCGGACCAUUGUCGUCCAAGGGUGCCAUCGGAAAGCAAUUCACAACAGAGGGAGCUAUUGGCGGAACAGGACAAAGAGCUGCAGAGACUGUAGAGGCCAAGGCUAAAGAUGUUGAGCGGAACCCGCAACGCGCGGAGGCUGAAGUAAGGAGUGGUGCACAGCGGGCUGAGAAAACAGCGAAACGGGCUGUUGAGGACUUUGGAAAGGGUGCGCGGAGGACAGUAGAAGAUGCCAAUGACAGAACAAAGGAUGCUGCCAGAAAAUUUUAAAUGGGGAUUUCCUUGUAGUUUUUCUUUUAUAGCCUGUAUGGACGUCGCUUGUGAAUAGGAUUUGAAGCAAAGAUUCCUCGGCGUUUAUUUACGUUAUUCUAUUUGUUUACUGGCACUUGCGCUCGUCGUAAGCAUUUCUUGGUAGA